UAAAACCCUGUUUAAACUUCUCUAGGGUUUUACCCUCCCUCAGCUUCUUCUCCCGGGCCCGUUCCUUCUUGGGUUCUACAGAAAUCCACCAUCGAAUUGCAUCGAGCUGUUGUAAUCUGAGAGUGGGAGGCAUGGGUGUCAAGUUGUGGUGAUUGUUGCUCUUAGUGUUCAACAUGUCGUCUUUGAGGAAUGCUGUUAGCAGACGUGCUCACAAGGAGCGAUCUCAACCGGAAUCAAGGAAAAAAUUUGGGUUUCUUGAAAAGCACAAGGACUAUGUUCAGCGUGCUAAGGUUUACCACAAAAAGGAGGAGACUUUACAGAUACUGAAAGAGAAAGCAAGAUUUCGGAACCCAGAUGAGUUCUACUUCAAGAUGAUCAACAGCCAAACUGCUGAUGGAGUCCAUAAAAUAAAGGGUGAGGCUAACAAGUACACUCCAGAUGAGCUUUUGCUUAUGAAGACCCAGGAUAUUGGAUAUGUCCUGCAGAAAGUGCAGAGUGAGAAAAAGAAAAUUGCAAAGAUGACUGCAACGCUGCAUUCACUUGAUAAUCGGCCUUCAAGUAGACACGUAUACUUUGCUGAAGACAGAGAAGAGGCUAGAGAGCUUCAGUCACGUGGUUCAAGAGGGGAAAUAUUGCCUGGUUCUCAGAAUAUUCCUGUUUGUAUUAAAAAGAAAACAGCGGCUUCUUAUAGGGAGCUUGAAGCAAGGAGAGCAAGAGUCCAAAAUCUGGAGAAAAUAUAUAUGGACAUGGCAAUGCAGAAGGAGUUACAGAAAAAGGGCAAAAAGCGCAAACUCCGUGAAGAUGAGAUGGUGCAACUAACAUCGGAAUCUGUAUUCAGGUGGCGGGCAGAGAGGAAGCGCUGAAUAGGAACUGGUGUGUUGCUGUCAGAAAAAAAAAACUUGAAAAAGUAUGGAGCUGAUGAGAUGUAACUGUCCAAAUCAAACGUAGUUCCCAGCUAGUCCCAACAUGGAGUUUAUCUGUUAUACGACAACUAUUUUGAAAUUAUUGUUUGCCGAUAUUGAGCAGUUUAUUUCAAUCUUUGUACAUGAAAUCGGAGUGAUAUCGACUAAUUUGUUAUACUCCUAUGAAUCAAAUAAGAAAUUCAGAUAUAACGCGAA